UGUAAUAAAAAGAUGGUGGUCUAAGCAAGAUAGAGAAGCAGCUGACUGUGUUGCAAACAUUUGGAGAUGAUAAACUUUGCAUCGCCCGGGACUAGUGAAAGCCUCCCGUACCACUGCGUCACCGCCGCGUUUCUCGAAGCGGCCGAAGAAGAGACGCACCGCGGCUGAAGAGGACCACCGAAGACCCCCGACGCACUGCGUAUAUUCUACAGACGAUGCUGGAGUAAAAAGGGGCACACAGGAACCUCUCCAUCCUGCCCAGAUCAUGACAGAUUCCUCCACUAUUCCAGCCCAGCAGUCCAUGGAAGUUGAGGCAGACUGCAGCUCCAGUUCUUUAAAUGACAUGCCAUCCGAGGAACCAAACAAAAAACAAAAAGUUGACCAUGAGCAUCAUGCCAGUUACUGGUUCUGUGAAGAAUGCAAGGAGUAUUUUGUGGAGAAAUGCCCUAGCCACGGGCCCCCUGUGUUUGUGCCAGACACCCCUGUGGCAUCAGGGGUGCCCAACCGAGCAGCUCUCACUGUACCCGCGUGCUUUGAGAUCCUCAAAAAGCGUGAUAAGGUGGAUGUCUGCUGUAGGGAGGAAAACAUACCAAAGGGAGCACUGUUUGGCCCUUAUCAAGGCCAACUAAUGGCCUCGGAUAAACCUUCAGGGCCAUACUCAUGGAUGAUUGUUAAUGAGGACAACACAUAUAAAUUCAUUGAUGGGAGUGAUGAAACUACAGCAAACUGGAUGAGGUUUAUUCAGAUUUCCUCUGAUGAGAGCAAAAGGAACCUGAGUGCGUUUCAACAUGGCGAGCACAUCUACUUCCAAGUGUGUCGGAGACUAACAGUGGGCAAUAAACUUUUCGUGUGGUACAGCAACGACUACUUGAGACGACUACAGAGUGUGUCCCAGGACAGCAUUGACCGCAACCUGGACACAGCAGUGAAACUGGAAGACAAAUAUCAGGAGGAGCCCAGAGGUCCAGUGCUUAGAUCUGCCAUGCAAGGCAGAAGGACCCUCAGUAAGCUUGGAAGUGAUGAAGGAGAAAACCAGCCCCAGGCCAAGAAAAAGAAGAUUGACCUCAUUUUCAAAGAUGUCUUGGAAGCAUCUCUGGAAGCCAGUCAAUGUCAGAACAACCCUCUGAACAGCACCUUGACUUUUUCAAGAGCAAGAACGAAUGUCUUUCAGGUUUUCAGCCAGCCUGACUUGGAUUCUAAAGACUCUGUCUUCACCUCUGGAUUGGCUUCCAUGGAACAUCUUGAGAGAAGCUUUGAUGCAAAGUGUAUUAAAAUGGAAAACACAGAAGAAGAGGUGACUCUGACCAGUGAUAGACCUUCAACAUCUUUCUGCCCGAAUUGUAUAAGGCUGAAAAGAAGAAUCCGUGAGCUGGAGGCUGAAUUGCUCCUUCUGAGAGGACAUGGGCAGACCGAAAUUAUACCUGUAAUGCCAUCUGAGCCCCUUCCCAGUGAAGAUCUCCGAGAAGCCAUGACGCCUAUCCAAGUCGUCCUUGAAGAGGAUGACCAGGAAGUUGAUUCUGCUGAUGAAUCCAUGUCUGCUGACCUCAUGGUGGCUACAGACGAGUCUUCAAAGCUCUUGGCAGGCUCAGGUCGCCGGAUUCGUCGCUUCAAACAAGAGUGGCUGAAGAAGUUCUGGUUUCUUCGAUAUUCGCCCUCACUGAACGAGAUGUGGUGCCAUGUCUGCCGGCAAUACACCGUCCAGUCCUCCCGUACCUCUGCUUUUAUCAUCGGUUCCAAGCAAUUCAAGAUCCACACCAUUAAACUGCACAGCCAGAGCAACCUACACAAGAAGUGUUUGCAGCUUUACAAGCUGCGCAUGCACCCAGAGAAGACUGAAGAGAUGUGUCGUAACAUGAUGACUCUCUUCAAUGCUGCCUACCAUCUGGCUUUGGAAGGGCGGCCGUUUUCUGAUCUGCGACCCCUGGCUGAGCUCCUGAAGAAGUGUGAACUGAAAGUGGUGGAUCAGUACAUGAACGAGAAUGACUGUCAGAUUAUAAUCCAACACAUUGCUCGAGCAUUAAAAGAGGACUUGGCAGAGAAGAUCCGCCGUUCGCCCUUUCUAAGCAUCAUCAUGGAUGGACAGAACGAUGACCUCUUGGCUGACACUGUUGCCGUUUAUGUGCAGUUCACGACCGCAGAUGGGUUGCCUGCCACCGAGUUCCUCUCCUUACAAAAGUUAUGUGGAGGCAAUGUGGAAGGCUACGUCCAGGCAGUGGAUCGUGCCUUUGGUGUUCUCGGUCUGAGACUUCAGGACAUGUUAGUGGUUGGUUUGGGAAUAGAUGGCUCCAACAUCUCCUCUAGUUUGAGGGCCAAUCUUUACAUAGCCAUAAGAAAGACAAUCCCUUGGGUGUUGUGUCUACCUGUGAUGAUCCAUCGUCCCCAUUUAGAGGUACUUGAUGCCAUUAGUGGGAAGGAGCUCUCAUGCUUGGAGGAUUUGGAGAACAACUUGAAGCAGCUGCUUGGAUUCUAUCGGUAUUCGCCACGUAUGAUGGCCGAGCUGAGGUCAACAGCACCAACUCUGUCCGAGGAAACCGAGUUUCUUGGGGAUAUAAGGGCCAUUCGGUGGAUCAUAGGUGAGCCGAAUGUCCUUAAUUCCCUCAUCAAGGACUACCUGGAGGUGGUUGCUCACUUGAAGAGCAUCAGCAGCCAAACCCAGAGAGGUGAUGCUGCUGCUAUUGCCCUGUCUCUUCUACAGUUCCUGUUGGACUACCAAUCAGUAAAGCUGAUCUAUUUUCUGUUGGACAUCAUUGCUGUCUUUUCACGACUUGCUUUCAUCUUCCAGGGGGACUAUCUGUUGGUGUCCCAGGUGGAUGCAAAAUUUGAGGAUGCCAUUCAUGAGAUCGGACAGUUGGUGGACUCCCCAGGGGAGUACCUCCAGGAGUUUGAGGAUAACUUUCGGGAGAGCUUCAAUGGUGUGGACCUCAAGAACCUACGUGUUGCAGAGUCCAAGUUCCAGUCGAUCCGAGAGAAGAUCUGUCAGAAAAGUCAAGGAAUUCUGGCCCAAAGCUUUGAACGACGCAGCCGCACAGUGGUCCAGGCUUGUCAGGUACUUGACCUGGCCACUUGGCCUCUUAAGCGGGAUAAUCUUGGCACAUAUGGAGAGAAGGAGAUCCUUCUCAUUUUUGACCACCUGGAGACCAUUCCUUCAUCUGGCUGUGAGAUCUCGCAAGAAAGAAUAGAUCCCCGAGGAAGCCUUGUGGUUGAAUGGAGAGAUUUGAAAGCUGAUUAUUGUAGUGUAAAUGGUUUUAAAGAGGUGGUGAGCCACAUCUUCAGAUACAAGCAACGUUUUCCUCUGCUUAAUCACAUCCUGCAGUUUGUCAGGGUCUUACCAACGUCAACUGUAUGCUGCGAAAAAGGAAGGGGGUCGGUGCAGAAAGUGCGCAGAAAUAACCGUUCCAGACUGACUCUGGAUCAAACAAACGAUCUGCUCACCUUGGCCAUUAAUGGUCCAUCUAUCGGCAGCUUUGAAGGAAAGCGAGCAUUGGACAGUUGGUUUGAAGAGAAAUCUGGGAACAGUUGUUCACUCUCGACUGCCGAACAAAAGCAUGUAUUGCACAAUAUGGAAAUGAAAACAGAGUUUUAUUCUAAUAUUUGACUGAUCAGAGCCAAUUCCUCAUCCAACUUAAUUCCAAAAAGCCAUCUCAUUGGAAAAGGGCUGAUAGGGACUAUAAUGUGAUUGGCCAAGUAGUUUGACAUUGGCCCUGCUGCUAAAAUGGCCUUGAUCAGCAUGUUCUCUAAGAGUAGGUAGGAAUGCCAUUGCAGGGCACAGGCACAUGAAACACUUUAAAAUGUUCACAUACAUGGUUGUGAUGUGUUUAUAUUCAUGAUGUUUGUGUUCCAAAGAGGAAGUUUCUUAUUUUCUAUUGGUGAGGAUUGUUGUUAUGUGAAUGUUCGAUCUGAGUUUUUAAAAAACAAAAUUUCAUUGAUUUAUCAGGCAUUGAUAAGCGAAGUCUUUUUUAUUCUCUGACAAUGUCACCGCCUUUCAAGCCUAUAUUCAACUAAAACUAGUUUCAUUAUUCUAUCUGCAAUAUAAUUAGAGCAAUCAGUUUGUAUGUUGAAUUAGAUAAUAAAAAGCACUUCAUUUUUAUUGCAUGUUCAAUAUGCUGGUAAUCACAAAUCGGAAUGGAAAUAGCCACUAUUUUGCCAUGCAUUAUGUUCCUGCCAUAUAACAGACAUUUUGUAUCUUUUUUUAUAUACUCUUUAGUGUAAAUCUUGAUUUGAAACAUGUGGAUGUGCCAUGAUUCUGUAUGUAAUCAGGCUGCAGUUUACACACAAUCUAACUGAUUUAUAGAUUUCAAAUAUAUAAAAGUUUGAAUGCCUUCCAGCCAAUUAGGAAAAGUCUGCAUUACCUAACAGUCCUGAUUUUUUCUGGUACAUGUUCAUGUUUGCCAAUUUACUGCUGGAAGAGAUUCUUAGACAUUUAAGCACCUCAAAGAAGAACUCUUCUAAAUCAAAGUCGUACAAGAACAAAGCUUUGGAAUCUUUGAUUGCGUUAUUACGUGCUUGACACUUUAAAGUAUUUUAUUAGUUUACUUUCCCAUUGCUUUUCUUAAAGCCAACAGCAAAUGUUUUUUUUUUUUGUUUUUUUUUUACUGAUUUUAGUUUGUUUCUUGCAUAAUCUUGUCUUUCCACUAAUUUCCAAUGAUUAUACCUGUGCAAUAUAUAUCUUACCUUUUACAUUGUAUAUUCUUCUAUACACGCAAAUCAAAGUCUUAUUAAUGAUGUUCCUUGAAGCAAAACUGAGGUUUCCAACAUGAUAGAACACGUUUUUUAAGAUGCUUAUAUGUUCACCCUUAUAUAAUUUGUUGUUUGUUUUAAAUUGUUCUUUUAUUAUUUCAUAAAAGUUGUUUAUUGGUUCAGAAAGGUUUUGUCAUUUUCAGUGUUGCAGUUGAAAUGUUAAUUAAAAUGAAUGUCAGUUUAAAGCAUUAUUUUAUCACUCUGUAAAAUAUUGUAAUCUGCGUUAUAUCUUAAUCUAGAACAAAUAGGGAUUACAUGCAGUCUUUAAUAUUUAAUAGGGCCUAGUAUUGAUUAUACAUGCUGUUUCUAUUCAUCUGUGUAAAAUCUAAAAGAGCAGCUGAAUGCAGUCGUCUCUGAAGUUCCGUUAACCAUUAACUAUCCAUAUGCGCUGUUAAGGCUGGAGAACUUUCCAUGUGCUACGACAUGAGAUGAAUUUUUUUUUUUUUUUACAUUAGUCUGUUGCAAAGAAUUUUCUUUAGUCAUUAAAACCUCUUGUCCUUAUUUUACAAUAGAUUUAGAUUUUGCACAUCAGAAAAUUCAGCAUUGAUGUGUUUUAUGGAAAUAGAAUGCCUCUGUCAGUUCAGUAAAUCCAUUUUUAUGUUGUUUUAAUGAAUAUAAAUUUAAAAAGUAAACAGACUGUCCAAUGUACAAAAAGCAAUUUUCUAUCUAAAUGAUUGUUCUCUUUUACAUCAAACUAUUAAGCUUCAGAGAAGUUAACAUUUGCUAGCUUUUUUGCCCCAGUGAACAGUUUAACAUUUGAACUCUGUUCCAGCAGCAAUGACAUUGUGUUAAGUGUUAAUAUGUGAGCUACCAAAAAUCAGAAUAUUUUUUUUUCUUAAAUUUACUUAUGUGAAUUGCUGUAUGUGUUUGAAUUUUAGACUGUUACCUCACAGUGAGGUAUGUCAUUGAGUGAAUCGUCUUUUAUAGUGGAGGUGUAUUAAACAUGUUGUUUGUUUUUUGUUUAUUUGUUUAUUUAGAAUGGACUCAAUAAGGGAAUAUACACUGCCAGGCCCAAAAAAAAAAAAAGGUCUAAUAUUUCGUUGAACCACCUUUAGCAUUGAUUACGGCGUGCAUUCGUUGUGGCAUUGUUUCGACAACCUUAUGCAACAUCACAACAUUUAUUUCCAUCCAGAGUGCAUUAAUUUUUGGCCAAGAUCUUGUAUUGAUGACGAGAGAGUCGAACCACUCCAUAAAGUCUUUUCUAGCACAUCCCAAAGACCUUUAAUGGGGUUAAGGUCAGGACUCUGUGGUGGUCAAUUCAUGUGUGAAAAUGAUACCUCAUGCUCCCUGAACCACUCUUUCACAAUUUGAGCACAAUGAAUCUCAGCAUUGUCGUCCUGGAAUAUACCCAUGCUGUCAGGAAAGAAAAAAAUCCAUUGAUGUGAUAACCUGGUCAUUCGGUACAUUCAGGUAGUCAGCUGACUUCAUUUUAGUGCCACAUAACAUUGCUGAGCCUAGACCUGACCAACUGAAGCAACCUCAGAUCAUAACACUGCCUCCAGAGGCUUGUACAGUGGGCACUCAUGCACUUCCCUUCUUACCCUGACGCGCCCAUCGCUUUGGAAUAGAGUAAAUCUGGACUCAUCAGACCACAUGACCUUUUUCCAUUGCUCCACAGUCCAAUCUUUAUGCUCCCCAGCAAAUUUAAGUUGUUUUAUUCCGAUUAGCCUCACUAACAAGUGGCUUUCAUGUGGCCACACAGCUGUUUAGUCCCAAUCCUGCAAGUUCUCGUCGCACUGUGCAUGUGGAAAUGCUUUUACUUUCACUAUUAAACAUAGCCGUGAGUUCUACUGUUGUUUUUUUACAAUUUGACUUCAAGCAUUUUAGUGAUCUCCGAUCAUGAUCAUUCAAGUUUUUUUGCCGACCACAUUUCUUCCGUGAAGCUGACGGUUCACUACUAUCCUUCCAGGUUUUAAUAAUGCGUUGGACAAUUCUUAACCCAUUUCCAGUGAUUUCAUCAAUCUCCUUAGUUGUUUCCUUUGCUUGAUGCAGGCCAAUAAUUUGCCCCUUCUGAAACACAGUAACAUGUUUUCCACGACCACGGGAUCCGUCUUCCGACAUGGUUGUUUAAGAAAUGAGAAGCUACACACUGCAUCAGUUAGGGUUAAAAGAAUGGUUGCCAGCUGAAACAUAUUAAUCACUGCAAUAAUGAUCCAAUCAUAGGCUCUUAAGUAUUAUUAUUAAUACUUAAUAAUUAGUUACUUAAUUAAAUACUUAAUUAGUAUUAUUAUUAUUAUUAUUAUUAUUAAGCUUAUUUCAAUCAAAACUGCAACUUUUUUUGGCCAGGCAGUGUACAUACAGGUAUGUAUGUAUGUGUGUGUGUGUGUGUGUAUAUAUAUAUAUAUAUAUAAAUUCUGUGCUGAAAUAGUUUUGAAUGUUUGUACAAGGAAUAAAAGCAGUUUGUGUUUAAUUUUCUUCUGUUAAAGGUAAAGUUCACGCAAAAAUAAAAAAUGAUCUUAUUUACUCACCCUCAUGCCAUUCCAGAUGUAUAUGACUUUCUUCUGCUGAACACAAACAAAUAUUUUUAGAAGAAUAUUUCAGCUCUGUAGGUCCAUACAAUGCAAGUAAACUAUGGCCAGAACUUUUAAGCUCCAAAAAGUAUAUAAAACCAGCAUAAAAGUAAUCCAUAUGACUUCAGUGGUUAAAUCCAUGUCUUCAGAAGAGAUAUGAUAGGUGUGGGUAAGAAACAGAUAUUUAAGUCCUUUUUUACUAUAAAUCUCCACUUUCACAUUCUGAAAUGUUACUAAAGAUUUUUAGUUAAAAGGGAUUAAAAUAUUGAUCUGUUUCUCACCCAAAGUGAUUACAUCGCUUCAGAAGAUGUAUAUUAAACCACCAUAAUCAUAUGGAUUACCUUUAUGCUGCCUUUAUGUGAUUUUUGGAGCUUCAAACAUCUGGUCACCAUUCACUUGCAUUGUAUGGACAUAGAGAGCUGAGAAAUUCUUCUAAAAAUCUUUGUUUGUGUUCUGCAGAAGAAAGAAAGUCAUACACAUCUGGGAUGGCAUUAAAGUGAGUAAAUGAUGAGAGAAUUUUCAUUUUUAGGUGAACUAUCUCUUUAAGAUGUGGUUUAGGUUAGCUUCCACUGUAUUUCCAAUUUAGUCAAUGAUUGUUUGUACAAUUAUUUGUUUUUUAUUAUACAAAUCAAAUACUUGUUUGUAUUUACAGCUUGUGAGUCUUGUACACUUUUUCUUUCUCUCUUCUUCACUUAUUUUUUUAAUUUUUUUUUAUAAUGGUCAAUUCUGAUAAAAAUGAGCCAAAGUCAAGCCUGAGUUUGUUUUAAGACUUUAACACAUCUUUCUUUCGUCAAAAAGUGAUGUGUACCAAAUUGUACAUUUUAAGUCGAUAGUCAUAAUUUUGUAUCUCCUUGAUUUACUUUUCAUGUAAUCACAAUAAUGUGUACUGUUGUUGUAUCAUGAAUUAUUAUUAUUUUUAUAUUCAAACGUAUUAUUGAUGACCUGUUUGCAUCUGGGAGACACCUGGUAAAGCCUAAGGAACAAAGUCACUUCUGGUUUAUUUUCAAAAGUAAAUAGUAAUGGUAGCUGUCAAUUCUUAUUCUGUUUCUCCUUGCAGAGAGAAAUGUCAUUUAUGUCAUUUUAGUUACAUUUAUACAUCAUACACACUUUGCAUUUCUUCCUGAAAACAUAACACUGGAAACUCAAAAAUAUGAACUUCAUGUGAAUUUUAAGAAAUGUCUACCUAAAGAAUGUGGACUUAAAAUGACAGAAUAUGGAAUCUAUAUUCAACAAAUAAUGGUUUAAUAAAGUUUUUAAUUGUA